UUAUGGCACAUAUCAAAAUUUCAAGUAAAUUACACAAUGAACUUUCGCAGACAAAGAACUCGUUCAAGACGGAGCUCACUUAACGCUAUGAUAAACACAGAGAAAUGGCGAAGUUUUCCCAAAAGGAUCUCACACGCCGACAACGAUUUACUUGAAGAGGACUCAACUGACGAAGAUAGCCCAAAGACAGCUAACCUUAGUGAUCUGACGCAAGAGUUUUUUGGUCGCGAAAGCGUUUCAGAAGAACAGAUAGACCAAGACGUAGAAGUACGACUAUCAAGAAAACAGACUCUAAUUCUUGCUACCAUGGUGCCUGAUGAAAUACUUCUAUUGGAAAAUUUUGAUGAAAAACGUGAACCCAAACGAUUUGUUGGAGUACUUUUGAUGGCCGAUGUUUCUGGAUACACCGCUCUAUCUGAACGUUACACAAACUCUGGUAAAGGUGGGACGUAUCGAUUAACAGUUACUUUGAAUACGUACUUGGGAUCAUUGAUCGAGGUGAUAUACAGCCACGGUGGUGAUAUCAUAAAGUUUGCAGGUGACGCGUUCCUUGCACUGUGGAAGACAGACAAAAGAUCAUACCUUAAUCACACAAUACACACCGCCAUAGCAUGUGCCUUAAUAAUUCAACAUUCUUUUGGUUCCUACGAAACAGACGUUAAGGUGAAUUUGAAAGUAAAAUUGGCAAUAUCAGCUGGGAAUCUUUUAUUUGCUCCAAUUGGUAAAGGUAUAGACAUGAAUUAUAUAAUAUUCGGUCUACCUGUACUUGAAGCGAAGACAGCGGAAAGUCUUUGUCUUUCUGGGGAAGUGAAAUUAACGCCGACAGCUUGGGGACAUUGUUAUUCAAGAAACUACGAUUACGUCAGUCAUGAUGAUGGUCACGUGACGAUUAAAUCAAUUCUAUACGAUCCUCGGGAGAAAGAUGUUACAAAACCCUUUUUAGGCUUCAGUGGUAUGCUCAGACAGAUAAAAAAACCUUUGAUUGGUAUUGAAAAUUUACCGGAGAAUUUAUUAGACGUUACAAAAACAAAAAUUGGUUGGGAAUCUCUAAAAGCAAAUGAAGCAUUGAAUGUACGAAAAACUAUUUUAAUCGCCGAGGAAAGAAACAUUGGUUCGGAAAUAAGAAAGUUCAUGAUCAGACCGGUACUUACACAAAUUGACGCCCAUCAGCCUUUAGAAUAUUUAACAGAAAUGAGACACGUAUCCGUACUUUUCAUUACACUUAAGCCUCGUAAUUGUCCAUUUCCACAGCUGAUAACUAUAGUCAAUAAUUCUUAUCAAAUAACAUGUGAAAUUGUAUACAAAUCCAUGGGCUGCGUUAAUAAAAUCAUUCUAUUCGACAAAGAUAUAAUGAUCCUUGUAGUAUUUGGAUUACGGGGAUUUAAACAUGAAUCUGAAGCACAGGCGGCCUUGAAAUGUGCCUCUGGAAUUAAGAAAUCACUAUCAGCUCUGGAUGGAGUUCUCGAAGUGUCGAUCGGUGUCACCACUGGACAGGUAUACUGCGGAGUAAUCGGACACCCACUGAGAAGAGAAUUUACUAUAAUUGGAGCAGUUGUAAAUAAAGCAGCAAGAUUUAUGUGUUAUUUUCGAAACAAAAUUACUUGCGAUGAAACUACGUUUGUGAAAAGUAAAAUGUCUAGCAAUGGGUUUACGCUUCAACCGGCCGCUGAUUUAAAAGGCAUCAAUCAUCCUGGAAAGAUUUUUGAAUACACUGAAGAAAUAAGAGUGAAAGAAUUAUACGAUAUACCCGUACUACCACCACUUUUAAACCGCAAUGAUGAAUUUGAAUAUUUUCAAAAUUGGAUCGAUAAUACUCAUUUAUCGUUUAGGGAUUUUGAUGCGCUCUUAUUUAUAGGAGAAUUUUGCUCUGGAAAAACUAGAUUAUUAGAAUGGCUCACGCGAUAUGUUAAAAAUAAAGGACUACGAACAUGCCAUCUGAGUCUUUCAUCUAUUCACUCUGCGACACCAUAUUUAGCAUUAGGUCAAAUCGUUAACGAAAUGUUAGGAUUAAAAGAACCCAUUACAGGUUUUUCAAAAGAAGAAAAGAUAGUGCAGAUGCUUAAUUCUUAUAAUUCAGAUUUAUGUUACUUGAACAAUAUUAUAAAAGUUCGUUUCGCUUAUCAUGAGGGGAUUUACACUCAAGAUGAAAAUGUACGUAAGGAAAAAGCUAAAACUAUCUUUAUGAAUCUUAUUAGAGCAUUUCCUGAACCUCAUGUUAUAUUUUUAGACGACCUGCAAAAUCUAGAUGCUUCUUCUUGGGAAUUUAUAUCGAUAAUGUUAGACGCGCCUAAGAUUUACACAGUACUAACCAUUACGCGUGGAAAGUUCAAUAGUAUACAAAAUUGGAUAUAUAAUGUAUUCAUUAACAACAGUAUAAGAAAGAUUGUAUUAGGACCGUUAACUUCUCAAUGGAUACCAGCACUGGCUUGCCAAAUACUUGAUGUAGAAGCUGUUCCAAAGGAUUUGUGCGACACACUCAAAACUAAAUGUAAGGGUCUGCCAGGUCUCGUCGAAAGUUUUAUAGUGAAUUUAUUUUCAAAUGGCGCUUUAGAAACUAAAAGAAUAAAUAAACACGAAUUAGAUGAUUUAAAAAACGAAUAUCUUCAAUUUCCGGACUCUGAGCUGCUACGCCUCCAAGCAGUAAGUGUAGAUGACCAAAAGGCUUUAGACCAAUUCAUUGCUGAUAAUUCUAACGAAGAUAUUGCAGUGUGCAUUGUUACAAAAAAGGAACAACUUAAUACUGAUAUCAACGAACAAAACGUUGACGCUAUAAUAAUGGUACAAAUAGAUUCUUUAACUCCAUAUCAACAGUUGUUAUUAAAAAUUGCUUCCGUAAUAGGCAACGUACUAUCUAGAACACUUUUGGAAAAUAUUAUGUAUGAAAACAACCCGUUAACCACAGCAAAAGCGAUAAAAAGAUUAUUUGCUAUGCGUAUAUUGACAUGUGCAAAUAUAAGGUACCGUCUAAAUCGAAGAGUUACUAAUGCAACAUCGGUAACCAGUGUUACAGUCAACACAAACCUGUCUUGCGAUUGCUCUUUCGAUUAUGAUCCGGAAGAAUAUGAAAAUCUGCCAAAGUAUGCGUUUUGUAAAGUUAUGAAAUUUCGAAAUAAGAAUUCAAGAAAGACGUGCUAUGAACUUUUGCCAAUAAAUCAAAAGAAAGAAUUUCACUCACGCAUCGUAAGUUACUUAGAAAAGACAAAACAAAAGUGUCCUGAUUGUGGCGGAAUUAUUAUGAUCGUUCAGUCAGUCACGAAUGUUUCCAACUAUUCGUAUGAGACUCGAAGAUCUAGUAAUAAAAUUGAUCAUGCAAGAGACAGUGACACAAGUCUUCCUCAAAUUGGCGAAGAAAUAGAAGUGACGAAAAUAUUUCAAGAAUAUCUGCACUUCGUGCUUUAAAUUUAACGCAGAAAGUAGAAUGUAACAUUAUAGAUUUGUGUGACGCAUUCAGUAACGCUAUACAAGUGGAACUGGUUCGAGGAAACGCAGAAUU